UUCGAUUUCCGCAGUACCACCAACUGUAAAUCUCCAGCUGAUCUGAAUUCAGAACCCUUUAUAUAUUCUGAUCUCCGGAUGUGAUCCAGCUGGUACACGGUUGUUAGCAUAGCAGUACCGACAAUUCUAUUCCAUGUACUACUGUGGUCUCCAUGUUUGCCCUUGCGUCUGUCCGUUGCAUUAGCCUCACUUAACUUUUUCACUUUGGAGGGCAAUCUUUAUGUAAGGCUGCAAGAGUUAGUUGUUCCUUGUUGAGCCUUGCAAGAUAUUGACUGCCAGCUCCACCCCGAUCUGCUCCUCCGCAUUCUCCAGCCUUUAAGUAAAGCAAGCCCCUUCACCACUACCACUGGCCAAACCUCGCAAUUUAGAAUGGGUGCAACAUCACACUGAGAUCUGAUCAGAUGUAUUCCCCUCCCUGCACUGCCCCUGGAAGCAACGGCGAGCGGAGCUUCGCGUCCGGAGCCGCCAACCCGCUUGCUUUGCUAGACCAUGCCAUGGACUUCGACGAGCACGUCCUUUUUCCUAUGCACAAUGCAGGGAUGCAAGAUGGAGUUCAGUUCUAUAACCAUACUGCUGGUGGUAGUGGUACCGAGCUGAGUAGAAAUAUGAGCAUGGAGAAGGGUUUGAAGGGAGGUAAACGGAAGGGCUCGGGCGAGGGCAGUUCGACAAUGCAUUCGCAAGAGGAAACUGGGGCCAUGUCUCGGAGAGAGGCCAGCAUGGAGCGCGCCGGUGAGAAGGAAGGCGAUGCUGCUAGCAACAGAGAGGACUACGUGCAUAUCCGGGCAAAGCGCGGCCAGGCGACCAACAACCACAGCCUUGCAGAAAGGUUUCGGAGGGAGAAGAUCAAUGAGAGGAUGAAGCAUCUGCAAGACCUCGUCCCAGGUUGCAACAAGAUUACAGGCAAGGCAAUGAUGCUCGACGAGAUCAUAAACUAUGUGCAGUCUCUGCAGCGGCAGGUCGAGUUCCUCUCAAUGAAGCUCUCUGCAGUCAGCCCCGAGCUGAACUGCGACCUCGACCUCCAAGAUAUCCUUUGCCCGCAGGACGCGCGCUCUGCGUUUCCGGGAUACGGCCAGCGAUUGGGCAACGUUCAUCCUAACGGCAGCAUGUUCAGGGCGUCGCAGCCGGGCCUCUCGCGUCCAGAGCUAUACGGGAACGGGAUCAUCAUCCCGGACCCGGCAAGUGUUCAUCAUAUGGCGAGGACGGCUCAGCUGCCUGCGUUCCCCCAGAGGAGCAUCGUUUGGGACGAGGAGCUUCGCGGCAUUGGUCCGGUUGCUUUCCCGGCUGACGCCGGCACCAGCAGCUUGGAGAACUCCGACUCGAUGAAGGUGGAGUAGCCGCUGAGGCGGUUGAAACCAUGUGCAAAGGCUGCGCAGAUCUCCUCGGGCUUUGGCGAGUUUAACUGCUGUCGUUGGGGAGGAUUCUCGUGUGUGUGUGUGCGUGCGUGACUUUUGUACAGUUUGACUAAGCAAACGGACGAAAAGCUUUGUGGUCCGUUGUGAUGUGCUGUCUCUGCCGGUGUGGACUGGAAUUAGUGGUAAUAAUAAUUGGGCUUGAUGAGUUGAUCUA